AUGGAGCUCUUGCUAGAGAAGGCCGAGGUGCUGUGGCUGGCUAACCCACCCGAGAAGCAGGUGGAGGCCCCACGAGCACCGCAAGCUACGCGGCUGAUGGUAAUAGUGCCAUUCGCCGAAAAGAAGGGCGAAGGGACGCCGCUGCCCUGCAAUAUAUCCAUUCCGGCAGAAGAGUUGACGACUAAGAACAAGGUGUCGUUGCUGGACCAGCAUGUGACGUUCAAACUGCUAGACGGCGAUGAUCUGGUCGGGACGCACGCGCUAAAGCUGCGUGAAUGCAUUCCCGUGCUGGCCGACGGCUCUAUCCAUUGGACGCAGCCAGUAUUGCACAAUGACUUGGCUCUGCAUAAGAAUAAAGCUGUGGUCGGGUUGCUGCCAGCAGUGGUAGGCUGCGUCGUAGGUGUCGUGGGGACUUCUCCAGUUUGGCUGCCACUGACAGUACUCGUGGGCGUGAUGGGCUUCCCCGUCUGGAUCGUUGUUGGCGUCGCGAUGACGUUUGUCACAAUGUUUUCUACCAUCUCGGCGAUCUUAACGGUGAAGCUUGUGCGCUCGAAACGAGUAAAGGAUGCGUGUCAGCACUUUUUGACCAGUCAGCAAGGCCAGUUGCUGCUGUUUGAGGGCAUGCCUGGAGAAGAGUCGCUGUCAACCUCUGCCCUGUCGGCUCGUGCGAGAGAAUAUGUGCUCGAGAGUCCGUCGCGCAAGCUGGUGGCGAGUCUUGCCAUUGAUUUUCUAGGAAAUGCGACUUUUGUGGUACCAGGAUUGGGCGAGGUGGCGGACGUGCUGUGGGCGCCCGUUUCGGCAAGAAUGGUGGACACGCUUUACAAGGAGUCGUCGCCACGUGUGAAGUACGUGGCCUUCUUGGAGGAGCUGUUGCCCUUUACGGACUUUAUUCCGACUGCGACGCUAGCUUGGAUGAAGGAGAAUUUGAGCUCAGCUGAGCUGGACAAGCUGUUCGCUUUGACCAAGUCCCGCAAGCAGGCGUAGGAAUCAGAGGCAGCUGUAGUGUUCGACUGGAAAAAUGAAUUGAAGAGACCUUUGGUGGUCGACCUUAUGAUAUAAA